AAUGGUGCGGAGAAUGGACGAGAACGGGGACAGCACCCCGCAAGUGCCAGCCAUCUCCCCGGAGAACCAUCUGGAAAACCAGGUGGAAGAGGUGAUACUAGAUCUUCCUUUGUCAGAGAAUGCUCCCAACAGGACACAGAAUCAUAACAAAAGGAUAUUUCAGUUAUGGACUCAUCCUGAUGAAGAAAACACCACUGACAACAGGGAAUCCCUAAAAUCUUCAGAGAACACUGACUUCAGUGUAGCCAAUAGUCCCAUGAAGUUCCUCACACUGAACCACCCAAGCACCUUGGACAAUAAGCACGCUGGCCCUUACCCAGGACUGUCCAUGCCAGUAGGACUCUGCUGGCCCUACGCUGAUGGGGACUUUCUUAAGGACAGAAAGGAGAUUCAUACUGUUUCUUGUUCAACUGUAAAAAAUAACAAUGGUGACUCUUUAUCUGCUCCAAGGUGGAAUUUGAAAUACAGAAAUAGCAAUGUGGAAGAAAAUGUAACCGAUGAGAGUGAUUUAUCAGAAAAUGAGAAAAUGAAUGAUACUUUGCUCAGCUAUUUUAAAACUAUGGACCUAAACUUAAAGCCAGAAACAAUAGAAAACACUGAGGAACCUUUUACUUUAGAGCCAAGUGAAAUGUUUGUAUAUGCAGACUUUCUUCCUGCUCCUUUCAACACUCUGGACCUGCACAAAUUUGCCCUCUCAAAAUGUGAGAACUGGAAGGCAACAGUGGGCCCUCCAGAAAGUUCCAUCGAGCAGCUGAUAACUCGUUUACUGGAACUGGAAAGAUUACAGCACAUGACCAUACAAAAGGAGAAGCAAAGACCACAAAGUACCUUGUGCCCUCAGGCGUUUGUGGAACGGCCCUCUUCCUCCAAAGCUGCUGCGUCGAAAACGAGGCAGCCCAAGCCUCCUGACACUUCGAAUCCACAGACGUCCGGUACAGAGAAAAGUCGGGAAAGGAGAAAAAACAACUGUGUUUCUGGCAAGCUUGAACAAAAUGCCUCCAAGUGGAACUGGAACAGUGGCGGCAAAAGUAAACUGAGCUCUAGGCCGGCCCUCAAAUGUCCAUCCACGACAAAACAGGAUGAUUUGAAAGCCUCCAAAAGUUCCUGUCAGGAGCUGCCCCCCAAGCCUGCGACUGCCCCAGCAACUCAGCCACCGGCGAAACCGGUCUCAACCAGGUGUAUCCUGCCGAGGUCCCCCAUGCCAGUCUCGCCCAUACCCUUGACUUUCCCUGAAAAUCAGCGGGAGGAAGUUAAGGCACCGAGGAACAAAAAGAAAGUUCCCCGCAAAAGCAUCCUGCUGAACAAGCCAUUGUACAUUCACAAGCUGAGCUGCCUGUCACCCUCCUUCAUCAAGGGCAAGUGCUCACCCGCCGACCAGAAGUAGCUUCGUUCCUUGCACACGUCGCGCUGCAAGCAAAGCCCGAAUUCAGCGAAAAUAUGGCCACCACCGAGACAGACACUGAAAGAAGCCCACCUCUACUAAGCAAAGGCUUGCUGGGACAUGGCCUGGAGACCGGCGAGCAUGUCGGCGCCCACAUCAGGGCUUCUAUGCGGACACCCGAGGCCGUAGCCCAUUUAUUUCCAGUGUUUAGUUGGUAAACCAAGGACUCUGCAGUCGUUUCUCAGCAAAAUCCCAGCAUCAAUAAAUGGUGUCACUGGCUUGUUGUGCCCACGUUACUGACAGAACACCCCACCUGAGGGGGAGGGCGCACUCACCGCCCUGGCCUGGGCCUUCCCACCUUGGGACUGGUUCCCUCUCCACAGAUUAAUUCUUCCCACCUUAGGGCAUUUUCUUGGCCCUUACAAGUUUGUUUUUCAAAUUGAAUAUAUGAGACCCUCACCUUCCAAAU